GUCCCUAACAAUAUGUGUAUGCUUUUAUGGCAAUCGAAAAUAAUUAAUGCGUACGCAAUACCGGCAAUACACAUACGCGCAAAUAGAAUCACUUAUAUGCAUACAUGUCAAAAGCGCGCGCGCACACGUUUGCAUCAAUCGCCCACUGCUCGGUAGACAUGACAGGUGUUCGUCUGCUUUUCAUUGUCGAUUACAUUUGAUUCGAGAAAAGAUCCUGAUAAUGAUUUAAAGGAGAAUGUUCAAAUAAUUUAUCGUUAUUCCUCCGUGAGAGAAUUGUUUCUCAAACAGAACUGCGGAAAUCAGAAAUAAUGAACGCACGAGAAACAGAGGUGGACAAUCUUAAGCAGCAGGGAAAUGCAUGUGUCAAGGAACAGAAAUAUGAGGAGGCAAUGUUUCAUUACACACAUGCCAUCAAGCUGGAUCCACAGAAUUUUCUCUACAGUAACAGAUCCUUUGCUUUUCUAAUGAUGAGACAAUAUCAUUAUGCUAUGGAAGAUGCCCUGAUGACUAUUCAAUUGAAACCUGAUUGGUCUAAAGGUUAUUUCAGAAAAGGUGAGAUUGAACUAAGGACAUUCCGUUUUAAUGAGGCACUUCAAUCUUACAACAAAGCCUUGUCCUUGCAGCCAAAUGAGCCUAAGAUUUUAGAAGCAAUGAACAAAGCAUCUAGAUCAUUGAUUAAAGACAGAAGAGCUGAUCAACAGAUACCAUGGCUUGGAGCUGGUGUCGGCAUUAUAUUAGGAGUUAUAGUUGUGAUUGCCGACUAUGUUUUUACAAACAAACCCACCCUAACGCAUCCUCUAUUGAUGGCACUAUUAACGAUAUCUAUAGCCAUGCUUGGUUUUGGUAUUGCAAAAGGAUUUCGUUACUUCGUAAAAUGCCAAAGAAAAUCAUUACUAGAACCGCCCGUCGAUCUGUUUCCUGAGGAAAAGGAAGAUUUGGAAAAUAUCGACAUAGAGAAAAAUAAUGAAAAAGAAAAACAUCCAAAAUACAGUAAAGCACAAGCGCGACAGCGAUUCCGUAAAGGAAAAUCGUAGUGAGUGUUGAUAAUUUGUUUCAAAAUUCGCAUUUGUUUCAAAUCCGAAUAGUUUAAAAUAAGUUGAAUAGUUUAAAAUAAGAGAUGCAAUAAAAUCCCGAUGCCAAACAUAUAAAAAUAAUAUGUAAGGGAUAAAAAUAACAUGGCUAUGAUCAGAUCAUUGUCUCUCUUGUUAAGUGCUACUGUUAUUUUUUGUUAAAAAAUUUGGUAUCUUUCUUACAUUUCUAAUAUAUUAUCAUUUUCAAUUUUAUAUACAAAUAAUUCGUAAGAUGAUAUUUAUUAUUAAUGAAAAAUGGAUUAACUAAUUAUUGAAUCUACCAUUUAAUAAGAGUCGCAUCUUUUCACAAAAUAUGUAAUAGAUAAUUUUGAUAGUUUAUACAAAUUGUAGAAGAAAAUUUCAAUGUGCUAAUGAUUAAUUACAUGCAGUGCCAGUAAACUUAAUUAACUUAUAAAUUUUAAGCAAAAUAUGCAUGUAUUUUCUAAAUUUAACUGAAACUAUAUAGUAAGAGAUAUUCUAUUUCAAAGAAUUGGUAUUUCUUACAAUUCACUUAGUAAGAAACAUUGUCUCUGAAAUUUGCACUCGCCCUUGUGAUUCUUAUACAACGAAUAACGAAGUAUAAGCAUGUCAAUCUAGUAUUAUAAGAUAAUGUUGCACUUUUCUCUACUUUUUGCACACUAUAUAAUAUAAUAAUCAGAUGUGCAUAGUACAUCUGCAUAGAUCUCGCGAUUUAAAUAUAUCUGAAUACGUAUACCGAAAUCUUUUCUCGAUAUCCUCCUAUUGAGCUCAAAAAGACUAUAAUAAAUUUUACUUUAAUUUUUAUCAAAUUAUAAUUUAUUAUUCGUCUACACGAUUUAAAUGUAGCGUCUGCGUUGCCACAUACACAUCCUGCAAACCGCAAUUUACACUGCAGUUAUGUAAUAAAGAUGAGAUUACAGAAAACAGAACGCCUUAUCGAUGGAUAAUACAACCUGAUUCUCAAAACAUUGUCCUUUCAAACUUGUCGCUUUGUCUCAUGUGUAUGUACAAUCAAGUUACGCACAAUAUUGGAAAAUAAUAAAAUAUACGCGGUGCGAAAAAUAAAAUAACGAUUUCCAAAGCUUUAAACUUUGAUUUAUUUUUGAAAUUAUAUCCUAAAUUCUCAUAGUAAAUUAAAAAUAAAAUAGAAAAAUUAUAACUAGGACAGUUUUCAGAAUUAAAUAGCUAAAUAGUUGAUAAAAGUUUAAGUAAAUAUUUUUAGAGGUAAAUAUUUCAAAGGUUCAAGAAGUCAAUUUUUUUGCGUUUGUAAAAAGACAUCAUUUUAAAUGGUUAAGUUACUUUUUACAUAAAUGUGUGUUUAUGUGUGUGUAUAAGA